AUGGCAUCCCAGUUUGCGCAGAACGUGCUGACCCUGGACUCCGAGGCUGUUGGGUCGCUGAAAGACGGCAUCAACUUCAAGAAGAGCCCUGUGGAUGGGAAGUGCUACAUCAUCUACAAGAGCAGCGAGGGUCAGCUACGAGCAUGUAGGAACCAGUGCAAGCACCAAGGAGGCGUCUUCAUCAAGGACAUCGAGGACAUGGACGGCAGGACGGUCCGCUGUACUAAGCAUAACUGGAAACUCAACAUGGAGACCAUGCAGUACGUCAACCCCCCUGACAGCUUCAUGCAGGAUGAACUCGAGGUUGUGUGGGCAGACGACCCUGAUGGUGGUCUGGACCUUGUGGAGCUGAAUCCUCCUGACCCCUGGCUCACAGACCCCAUGGAGGCCCAGGAGCUGCAGCCCGGUGAAGUGACCUUGACGUAUCUCACUCAUGCGUGCAUGGAGCUGAAGUUGGGUGAGCGGAAGAUGAUGUUUGACCCCUGGCUGACGGGCCCGGCGUUUGCUCGUGGCUGGUGGCUGCUGCAUGAGCCUCCGCCCGACUCCCUGGACAGGCUCUGCAACGCUGACCUCAUCUACAUCAGCCACAUGCACUCAGACCACCUCAGUUACCCGACACUAAAGACCCUAUCUGAAAAGCGACCUGACCUACCAAUAUACGUGGGAGACACUUCUCGACCAGUGUUCUGGUAUCUGAAAAACAGCGGGCUGAACCUUACCAACAUCAUUGUGGUUGCUUUUGGUGUCUGGCAAAAUGUAGACAAACACCUCAGAUUCAUGAUUCUAAUGGAUGGUGUCCAUCCUGAAAUGGACACUUGUAUAAUUGUUGAAUAUAAAGGUCACAUGAUCUUGAACACGGUGGACUGCACACGGCCCAAUGGGGGUCGUCUGCCUCAUGGGGUGGACCUGAUGAUGAGUGACUUUGCUGGUGGAGCCUCUGGGUUUCCCAUGACCUUCUAUGGAGGGAAGUACACUGAGAGCUGGAAGGCGGACUUCAUCCGGACGGAGAGGAGGAAGCUGCUCCAUUAUAAGGCCCAGCUGGUGAAGUCACUGCAGCCCAAGAUCUACUGCGCAUUCGCAGGCUACUUCACAGAGGCACAUCCCUCUGACAAAUACAUUAAGGAGACCAACAUCAAAAACAGCCCAGAGGAUCUCAACACUCAGAUCAGGAAGAGCAGUCCUGACAUCCUCACCUGGACUCCCAAACCUGGGGCUGUGCUGGAUCUGGGUGAAGCACUGAAACACCCCUCCACUGGGAGUGCCAUAACAGACCCACCAGCUGGAACAAAGGUGUUUAAGGACAGCUGGGAGUUGGACUUGUACGUGAGAGAGCUCAACGCUGCUAUUGGUGAUGACAUUUUUAAGCACAGAAGCUGGAUCCCAUUUUACUACAACUGGGCAGGCUUUAAAGACUACAACCUUGUCAUUCGGGUGAUUGAAACGGAUGACGAUUUUAACCCUGUGCCUGGGGGCUAUGACUACUUGGUGGACUUUCUGGAUUUGUCCUUCCCCUCCAAGCGCCCAAACAGGGAGCACUCUUAUCUAGAGAUGAAGAACAGGGUGGGAGUGAUGAGACACUUGGUGAAAACCGGUCUGUUGUGGGACGAUCUGUACAUCGGUUUCCAGAACCGACUCAGCAGAGAUCCUGAUGUUUACCACAGGUGA